UCGUCCGAAAUAUCAAGCACUGCCGUUCCGACACGCGGGUGUGCACGUAAAAAUAUAUAAAGUGGCAAAUCCAUACGGGGUCAAAAAUUUACACUACUGCUCGCACGGUACCAUGAGUCCCCCACAGAGACAGGUUUUGCCUGCCAACGUCAAGCCGGUUCACUACGAUCUGAGCCUGAAGCCUGAUCUGACCACUUUCAAGUUUAGCGGAGAGGUCACCAUCGACCUGGCCGUGAAGGAGACAAGCAACUUUAUCGAGCUUCACACGCUGGAGCUCGAGCUUUCUGAGGUGCACUUGAGCACUAAGGAAGGAACAGUGACUCCCAAGGAGACGUCCUAUUCCAAGGAUGACCAGUCAACGACGUUCAAGUUUGGCGACAACAUCCUGAAGGCGGGAGAGUCCGUCCAAUUGUCCAUCAAGUUUAUUGGUGAAUUGAACGACAAAUUGAGUGGAUUUUACAGGUCUUCGUACACGGAGAACGGCCAGACGAAGUACUUGGCCACGACACAGAUGGAGGCUACUGAUUGCAGACGGGCUUUUCCGUGUUUCGACGAGCCUAACUUGAAGGCCACCUUUUCCAUCUCCAUUGUUGCCGACAAGGAGUAUACCUGUUUGUCGAACAUGGACGUGAAGGAGGAGAAGUCUAUUUCUGAGACCCACAAAAAGGUUGUCUUCAACACGACUCCGCCUAUGUCUACUUAUUUGGUUGCGUUUAUUGUCGGAGAUCUGAAAUACGUGGAGUCCAAGUACAAGUUCAGAGACAUUCCUGUCAGAGUGUACACCACGCCGGGCUACGAGAAGGAGGGUCAAUAUUCUGCGGAAUUGGCCGCCAAGGCUCUUGAAUACUACGAAAAGGUGUUCGACAUCCCAUAUCCUCUGCCAAAGAUGGACAUGGUCGGUAUCCACGACUUCUCGGCGGGUGCCAUGGAAAACUGGGGUUUGGUCACCUACAGAAUGGUCGAUCUGCUAGUGAAUGAGACCAAGACCAAUCUGGCUACCAAGCUGCGUGUUUCUGAGGUUGUUGCCCAUGAAUUGGCGCAUCAAUGGUUUGGAAACAUCUGUACGAUGGACUUCUGGGACUCUCUGUGGUUGAACGAGAGUUUUGCUACCUACAUGUCGUGGAAGUGCUGUGAUCACUUUGAGAAGGACUGGAAAAUCUGGGAGAACUUUGUUAGCGACUCGUUGCAGAUGGCUCUUUCGCUGGAUGCUUUGAGAUCGUCACACCCGAUUGAGGUUCCUGUUUCGCAUGCCGACGAAAUCAACCAGAUUUUUGACGCCAUCUCGUACGAAAAGGGAUCCUCUGUCCUUAGAAUGCUUGCCAAUUACCUCGGAGAGGAGACUUUCAUCAAGGGCGUCUCCCACUACGUGAAAAAACACAUGUACGCCAACGCUGUGACCGAGGACCUGUGGGCCUCGUUGUCUGAGGUGUCAGGCAAGGACGUCCAAUCCACAAUGAACAUCUGGACCAAGAAAGUGGGCUAUCCGUUGGUGCAGGCGUCUGAGAAUAACGGCAAGGUGAUUAUCAGACAGCACAGAUACCUCACCACCGGUGAUGUCAAGCCAGAGGACGACACCACCGUGUAUCCGAUCUUUUUGAGCAUCAGGACCGACAGCGGUGUCAAGGAGUUUGUGUUCGACAAGAAAGAGCAGGAGCUGGACCUCAAGAGCUCUGACUUCUUCAAGCUCAACAGCGAUACCACCGGUGUGUUCAGAGUAAACUACGAGCCGGAAAGAUGGCAUAUUCUAGGUGCUGCCGCCAACAAGCUCUCUGUCGAGGACAGAAUCGGUCUUGUUGCCGACGCUGGUGCGCUUUCGGUCUCUGGCUACUCCAAGACCACCAACCUGCUUUCUCUGACGUCGCACUUCAAAGAUGAGCCAUCAUUUUUUGUGUGGUCCGAGAUGAUUGCCAGAAUUGGUGCGGUCAAGCGUGCCUGGCUCUUUGAAGACGAGAGCAUCAAGGAGGGCCUCAAGGCAUUGGUCAGAAGCCUUGUGAGCGACAAGUGCCACAAGGCCGGCUGGCGAUUCGACUCUUCCGAGUCCUUCCUUGAACAGAGACUCAAGGCACUGCUCUUCAGCGCUGCUGCUGCCAACGGCGACCAAAAGGUUAUUGAUGCUGCCAAGAGCCUCUUUGCAGGCUACAUUGCCAACGAGAAGUCAGAACUAGAUCCUAACCUCAGAGGAACGGUGUUCAGCGUUGCUGCAACUCACGGCUCCAAAAAAGAGUUCGAUGCGCUCGUCAAUUUGUACAAGGAGACACCGCUCGCGGACGAAAAACAGGAGGUGCUGGUCAGUCUCGGCAAGUUUGAGGACAAGGAGCUGCUUUCCAAGGUCACCGACAUGCUUUUGGACGGAACCAUUAGAACUCAGGACGUGAUCAGACCAAUGGCUGGCAUGGCCACUCACAAAGUCGGUGUCGAGCACUUGUGGGACUUUGUGACCAGCAGAUGGGACGAGAUUGUGAAGGCCAUCCCUGCAUCGCUGACUUUGCUGGCUUACGUUGUGGACUGUGCCACACGCGGAUUCACCACCAAGGAGCAAUACCAAAAGGUGGAGGAGUUUUUCAAAGACAAAGACACCAAGGCGUUCGACCAGAAACUUGCCCAGGCUUUGGAGUCGAUUGAGUCCAGAGCUAAAUGGGUCAGCAGAGACUCCAAGGACGUUGCUGACUGGCUUAAGGCUAAUGGUUACUCGUCCUAGGGUUGUGUAGGAUUAUGUCAUCACUUACGUACACAGAGAUAAAAUAGUACUGGGAAACCCUGCCUCCGAUGGAUCCUUGUUGCCCCCAUCUGAUUACCCUAAAUUCUUUUGUUUAUCUGUAAAGCGGAUUUAUUGAUUAUGGAGAGGGAGAUGUCAAAGAGAAACGCGGCCUCGUCCACGCCCAACGUCAAGGGCUCUGAUUGGCUGAUCCUGAGGCCGGCUAGUGCCCCCAAACAGCAGACGACGAGCGAGUUGAUCACCCCACUGUCAGCCAAAGAGCAUGCUGCUUCCAAGAUACCAGUUAUAACACCCAAAGCCAAUAAGGUGGUUUCAAGAGCGUCGAACGAGUGGCCUGGCCACGGACUCAGGUUCAAUGAGGUUGUUAACGACACAUCGUUGACGCCUGUUAACGCCUUUGGCAGAGCCGCUACUGCUGGAUCUACCACGACGGCAGCCACUGUGGGGACGAAGUUGAAUUCCAAUGAGCUGAGAGAAGACGACUCUGUUUCGUGUAUUACCAAUUCGUCAACCUCGACGCCUUGCAACCCCAAGAAACGCAAAC